AAAAAAAAAAGAGGGGAAUAAUUGGAUGCUGACGUGAUCUGUCUCCUCAGAGCCCUCCUCCAAUAUUUUUGUUACUCCCAAGAGCCAGACCAAGAACUGCAUCAGCUCGCUCGUGUAUCCUGGCAAUAGGCAUUUGCUGUCAUAAUGUCUGCUCCAUAUCAGGAUGCCGCCACUGACCCAGGAGCCCCAGACGGGGUUGAAGGAACAGCAGCCCCAGCCCAAGACCCAAACCUCUCUAGCAAUCGUCGGCUGCAGCAGACACAAGCUCAAGUGGAUGAGGUGGUGGACAUUUUUCGGGAAAACGUUGAAAAGGUGCUACACAGGGACCAGCAGCUGUCAGAGAUGGACCAACGGGCUGAAGCACUGCACGAUGGGGCUCAGCAGUUUGAGAGCAGUGCUGCCAAGCUAAAGAACAAGUACUGGUGGAAAAACUGCAAGAUGAUGAUCAUCGUUGGAGUUAUUGUUGUCCUCCUACUGGGCAUUGCUUUCAUGUACUUCUACCACUGAAAAGAAUGAGAGCAUUUGGCAAAUUCUACCAUUUCACCAGCAAAUAAUUUGUGUAAUGUUAUACCAAAGCUUUGUCCUUUUUCCCGACUGAUGCCUUUUAUUCCAAGUGCAUGUUUGUGUAGUGUCUCUCCAGUACUUCUACAUUCCUGUUUAAAUACCAACCUGGGCUAUUUGCAACCCGAGAGCUCACUCUCUAUUGCUUACUCAUCCUCACUUUUAUUGUUCUAACAGGAAGAAAAUAUACAUAACUGUUUGUUGUUGGAUAGAUGAAGCUUUUAGAUGCUUUGUAUGCUUUUAGAUACACUAUAUAGACAAAGGUUUGUGGACAUCUUACCAUAUAAUUCAUACAUAUUUUUUUAACAUCCCAUUUCAUUUAGUUCUCAUUUACACGUAUAACCUUCAUCCACAUGGGAACAUGUGGCACUAAAUUUUGGAGUUUAUUUGGAGCUUUGUGCUCAUUUAGUCACAAGGGUGUUAGUAAAGUCAGGUACUGAUAUUGGGUGAUGAGGACUGGGUUGCAGUCUGUAUUCCAAUUCAUUCCAAAGGUGUUUAGUACGGUUGAGGUCAGAACUCUAUAGCAGGGCACUCAAGAUCCUCCACUCCAAUCCAUGUAAAGCAUAUCCUCGUUAAACUGGCUUUGUGCAGAGG